AUGCCCACUGAAUCGUUGGACCAGCUCUCCGACCUCAGCCUCAUCUCCGACUGCAGCUACCACUCGGAUUGGGAUCAGGAUCAAGUGGAACCAGUUUUUCCGGAAGAACGGAAGCCCGUCGUCCGGCGGCAAAAGAAUCAGAACAACGGAAUAGAUGUAAUAGAUACGGCACUCAUUAUUUUGAUAUCCGUCAUUCUCACACUUUCUGUAGCUUAUCUGGGUAAACGAAUUCCCAAUCAAAAAACUGAGAGCGCCCCAACCGUCACCAACACCACCAACACAACCGACACCUUCAAUCCCACGGAAUACAUGAAAUCUCUUGGCGAAAGACGAAUGAUGAAAACGAGUGAAAUCUUGGGAGACCAGGAAAAUGUGGCUAGAGCUCAACGAGUGAUCGAAUCAAAAGGAUGGUCAAAACUUGAAGAUGUGCCGGAGUACUAUUGGGACAAGUUUGUACCGGACAUCACACGAUUCGAAGGCGUGGAUGCGUAUCUCCACAAGACGAAGCUGAAUGGCACCCGAGUGGAAGAGACUCUUUAUUUCCAUCCGAUCAAAUUUUGGAAGGUCGAUGAGGAAGGGAGAAUCAAGACUUCAUGGCCAUCACUGAAUGAGUCCAUCUUCUAUGCCCACAACGUCGGAGGCUGCGAUCCACUGACUGAGUGCCGCAAAGGUACCUACAUAUUUGAGAAGGGCGAUCUAGUUUAUCAUCACUCUUUCACCAUGGAAGGAGGACAUAAAAUGUUUGUGAAGACCGUCUAUUACAUUCCAGCACACAAGAUCAAAUAA